AUAAACCACAGCCGCCGUGUACUACGUUGUUCUUCGCACACUGCGCUGUAACCUCGUCCUCCCCGUUAUCGCCAUAGUUCCCCCCUCAAAGCCGCAUCCAUUCCCCUUACGUAUCAAAUUCCCAUCACGUCUUCGCCUCACCCAAACGACAUGCAGGACAUGGGCAAACCCAACAACUCUGUCCGCCCAUGGCCCAAUCUCCUCCCCCAUUGCCCUCACGCCCUUCUCUUCCCGUCUCGCGUCCACACAAGUGCCCGAUCCGGCCGCUCACUUCCUUCAUCGCGAUUGUAAAAGGCAUCAAUCCUUCCCCUCCCGUGUAUCCAUGACGCAAACCUCAGCGUGCAACGCAUCUCACCGCUUGCUAAAUUACACACAACGACGACAGUAACUGGCCAACCACAACCUCCUUUGUCCCAUUCGUUCCCGUUCCCGUUGUCGCAGCUCAUGCCGCCAAACCACCCAUCUCUUUCUCCAGCACAAAUCCCGGCCACACAUAAACGUCCCUCCGGCCACAUGCCGUGCCACAGCCAUCACCUCCCCUGCAACCCUUGCUCGACACAUCCCCCAUCCUAUAUUGCGUCUUUCCCCAGCUUACCAGACUCAUCGAUUGCUUCCUCUGAUGCGUCUCGGCCUCAUUUGUCGCGCGUAACCCACACCUCCUGCAGCCACCCCCCCCUCCAUGCCAAGGUACAGCUCGAGCCCACAGUCUCCUCUUUCACCGCUCUUCGGAGGCUUCGUCGCAAUUCUCAGCCUUGACGGUGCUUUUGUGGAGGGGUUUUCUUGUUAGGCCCCUGUCCGCCUCACCUCACCUCGCACAUACUCCAUACUGGUGCUGUAAAUCGUUCCUAGUC